AUGGAAAAGGCCUUAGUACUGUGGAUUGAAGAUAACACCCAGAAACGGAUUCCGAUAAGCGGGGACAUGAUUAAACAGAAAGCGCUGAACAUUUACGCCUUAUUGAAAAACGAAUUGCCAUCAACAUCCGAAAAACAACCAGAAUUCAAAGCUAGCAACGGGUGGUUUUCAAAGUUUUCGAAGCGUUACUCGUUGCGUAACAUCAAAAUGGCAGGUGAAAGUGCCUCUGCCGACGAUCAAGCGGCCGCUUCAUUCCCGGCAGAACUGAAGCGAGUUAUUGAGGAAGGAAACUAUAAACCUGAUCAAGUCUUCAACGCAGAUGAGACAGGCCUUUUCUGGCGUCGGAUGCCUUCUCGCACAUACACCUUCAAAAAUACGAAAUGCACGAAGGGUCAUAAGACAGCAAAAGCGCGAGUAACAUUAAUGUUCUGCUCCAACGCUUCGGGUGACAAGCUACUGAAACCGAUGCUCAUCAACACUUCUCAAUCCCCACGUUCAAUGAAAAAUGUGAACAUGACCAACCUGCCAGUUCACUGGAAAUCCAACUCGAAAGCUUGGAUGAGUGGACCAUUAUUUAAAGAAUGGUUCCACGAGUGCUUUGUACCCGAAGUACAGUGCUAUAUGUCUGAAAAGGGUCUGGAUUUUAAAGUAAUUUUGAUUCUCGAUAAUGCUCCAAGCCAUGUAGCAAUAAGCCAUCCCAACGUGAAGGUGUUAUUUUUGCCGCCCAACACAACCUCCCUGAUUCAACCCUUGGAUCAGGGAGUGAUUGCUGUUUUCAAAAAACAGUAUAUCAAAUUAUCUUUCCGAUACGUUUAUGAAACAAUGGAGAGGGACCCUUCAUUGGAGAUCACCGAGGCCUGGAAAAAGUUCAACAUUAAACAUUGUGUCGACUACAUCAAUCUUGCAUGCCUUGCCUUAAAAAAAUCGACGUUGAAUGGAUGCUGGCGCCCAGUUUGGCCAGAAUGCGUUAGUGCCAGCUGUUCAUCCAACGAUCACCAAAUCGAUGCACAGAUUAUGAAGCUUGCCAGUGCAGUUGGCAUCAAAGAUCUAUCGAACGAAGAAAUUGCGGAGAUGAUGAAGGAAAGUCAAUUAUCUGAUGAGGAACUGCUGGAACAUCUAAGAGAACAAAGUCAAAUCGAGCGAGAAACAGCAGAAAGUGAAGCGGAGGACGACGAUGUUCUGUCCACAAUUACACCAGAUGUUUUAAAAAAGGGAAUUGAUAUUGCGGAGCAACUCGCUGAUUUUUUUAUUGACCAUGACCCAUGUGUCGAGCGUGCGGUCAUGUUCCGAAACGAACUUGGAGCAUGUAUGCGUCGAUAUAUUGAGUUAUUGAGGGCAACCGAAAUGAAUCCCGCCAGCUCAUCUCGCAAUGAACCGAUGUCAGUUCAAGAUCUACCAGGCAACGUACACAUGUCCUCAGACGAUGACGCAUUGGCAAGUGAUGAUGAACUCCUUGGCGCGAGUCGUCUUCUUGUGUAUGAAAGCGAUGAGUAA